AUGAGUCUUGCUAUUGAUCCUCUUAGGAAAAUCUCUCCAUGGAAGGAAGCUUGGAGUAUUGAGGCUAAGAUCUUGACCAUUUGGGAAGACGCUAGCAUUGUUAAUGAAAAUAUGCAGAAACUCUUACGUAUGGUCUUGAUGGAUAAGCAGCACCACAAGAUCCAAGCAACUGUUGAGGAUGAUUUGAUCACAACUUUUAUUCAUCAGUUAAAAGAAGGAGAUGUAUUAAUUAUUUCCGACUUCAAAGUGAUACCUAAUGGUGGAUUGAUUCUUCAAAAACGCAUUGAUUAUGAGUACUUAAUAGAUUUUGUUGGGGUCCUGUGCGGAUUGAAAAGGAAAACGGAUGUUGAGUGUAAUGGAAAGAUAUUGAAAGUUAUCAUCCUUGAAGUUUUUGCUGAUGGAAAGAAAAUCCCCUACAAUCUUGUUGGUGAUUGUUCUGCUCUUAUAGACAUCAAUAGUUUGAAAAAGUAUCAGAGACCACCCGUUCUUAUUCUGCAAUCUUUCAAGAUCAAAGUCAAUGGAGAUAAAGUCAGUCUCCAAAAUGUGAUCAAUGUUUCUCGAGUUUCAAUCAACCUUGAUAUGCAGGAAACUGUGAAUUUUCUGAAUUAG